UUUCUUCUUUCUGGUGGUGGCGGUAAUGAACCAAAAGUAAUGUUUACCAAUCGCCAACAAGAAGAAGAAGCAGAAUUUCGCAAGACCCAACAAGCAGCGAACAUGAGGGCGACUCUUUAUUUUUACGCAGUAGUUUUUUAUCCUUUUCUCUCAAUCGGAAGUACUUGUGAUCCAAGUGAAUACAGAACUGCUUUGGGAGAAUGUUGUCCAAUGUGCAACGAAACAGAAAUUAUGAAAUUGGGGCCACAUCUGCUAUUUUCAAGCAGAAGAUUUAUAAAAAUCGCUGGAUGUAUCUGCUGCACACUGCUGCUGAUGUCAUUCACCACAAGAAGACAAAAUGUAUUUCUUUAUGUAAUAAUGCAGGAACAGUAGUACACCGUGACUGUACUGGUUAUAUGAGUACCACAUGCAAACCCUGCCCUCCAGGAACAUUCAUGAGUCAACCCAAUGGUCUUCAUCGGUGCUUCACAUGCAAAAACUGUGCUAAAAGUCAAGGCCUUUACAUCCAGAGUAAAUGCACUACAAUAAAAGACACUGUGUGUGAUGUGCUUGAUGGAUAUUACUGCAUUGAUUACUCAGAUUCACAGUGCCGUCGAGCUCAAAUACACAGAGUUUGCAGACCAGGACAAGAAACAAAAACACCAGGGACGAAGGCAUCAGAUACAGAAUGUGUGGACUGUGCUCAUGGGUUUUAUUCUCCAUCAGGGCUGAACUGCACCAAAUGGAGAGACUGUGCAGCCAGAAAUGAGAUUCUGAAAGAAUGUGGCAGUCCUGUGAAAGAUGUCACAUGUGAACAGAAGCCAAAGGAAAGAAAUGGUCUUGUAGAUUUAAUUUUAACUACCUUAGAAGAUUUCUACAGAUUUCUCUUAGGUUCAGAAAGCCAAUAAAGGAUUCUAAACAGCUAGCCAGCGCUGAAACCACGGAGGUGUUGAAGUUGUCAUAUUGCUGUUCUCCACCAAAAGAGGACGCCAAGCCUUUUGACUGACAGCUAAACUUGAUCAUUACUUUGGCUGUUGUCUGUAAUAACCAGCACAGUAUUGCUGAUGAGUGUCUAUUGCACACCCGACACGAUAUGUUAUAAUGCAUGUAAUAUUAGUCAAGAAAAUAUUAAAGAGCACAUAUAUCAGAUCAUUAGCAAAAACUGAUAUGAGUGUUCAAUAACUAUUACAAUGCAAGCUUUUACAAUAUUGCACACUAUAUUGCAUACAAAUAAUUGUUUACAAUGCAUCUUGUUUGGAGAGACCGUAUAAACACUUGGAAAUAAAGCUUAAUUACUUUAAGACCAUA